GUAAUCUUCGAUCACUAAAAGGGUUAGUGCAGUUUCAGUACAUUAUAAAACCAGAAUAUGUUACUGAUAUAGAUAGCCAAACUUUAAUACAUCUGGCAUUACUUAAUGAUCCAAAGGCAGUUAUACAAGCAAUAGAUGCUGUAAACUAUUAUUAUUUUCAUACCUUAAAUAACCCUUCCCACCGUAGCGAUAAAUUCUGGAAGAAUUUCAUAGAACAUUUUGAAUAUGUUGACACUUUAUUUCACAAACUUGGCUCAUUAUUAACCUUUGUUAAUGAAUUUGUACAAGAAUUCUAUGGAAAUCUAUAUGAAAAAUUAGAGAAGUUGAAUGGGAUUAAGAGAAAUACUGAUAGGCAUGAUGUUCUUUUCAUUAAAUAUCAAAAUCUUAAUAAUGCUCAAGGAUUGAAUUCCAGAACUAUGUUUUUUAAGCUAAAAAAAAAGCAAAUACCAAUUUCUCCUUCAUUAACAGAUUGUAGAAGG